CCUUUCCCCUCCAACAGAAGAGACCCAGAAGCUCAUCCCCAGAAAUUCGUUGAAAUCCAACUUCCUGAAAGAACGAAAAUCGCAGCCACGCGCGUAGCCAAGCUCACUCACGCCACCUUCACACUCAGCUGGACGACCCAGAACGUAUAACAGGCUGGCUUUUCAGUCUUGCCAGUCGCGAGUUGUCCUUGCCUGUGUGAGAUUGCUCCACGUCUUUCCCCAAGGACAAUCAAUCCAUACCGACCAUUCCGUCCCCUUUCCCAUUUUGGAAUGGGUUGAAAAUCCAAGAAAAGUCUGUUUCGCCAAAAGGAUGAAAGGAAUUUGAAGUUUGAAUUUGGAGUGGGCCUCGUUCCCAUCCGUUUUCUACCCUUUUUCCCUCCCAAAUGAACCCUAGGUCCUUGCUAUAAAGCUUCCUUUUCUCUUCCGUUAAAAAAGGGGGGGGGAUUUUAUUUUUUAGAGUUGUGGUAUUGUUUCUUAGAAAAGGGGAGGAUUGGAAAAAAUUGUGAACUCUUUGAAAAGAAAGACACUAAGCUACCAACGGUAUACAUGUCUAUAUAAAUAUUUGAACAUAGGUUUUUUUUUAAGAAAAAAUUUGGUGAGAGUCUAGACUUUGCUUGUGUUUUCGCUCGUUUCUUUGUUCAUCGGAGUUUUUCGGAGUCUUCGGGUUUCGCGAAGUUCGUGCUUGGUGUCGGAAGAAGAUCGUUGUUCCGCUCUGCUCGUUGUUGCCUCAUUUUCGCUGCAUAUGAAAAGGAUGAAUCCGACACACGAGCCUUUGAAAACAAGGAUGGUUACUAUCCCUGAUCCCUUCCUCAAAGUAUGCUGGAGGUUCAUGAACAACGACGAUAAAAUGAUCGUUCAGAAACACAUUGGUUACCUUCCGUCGCUGCUAGAGAUGAAUGCUUGGCCUGGCCUAAUUGGGACGAUGGUGAAAUUCUAGGAUAGUGAGAACAUGGUCUUUCGGUUUGGGGAAGUGGAGUUGACGCCAACUAUAGAAGAAGUUCUUAUCAUCUAUGAAAGUGUCUCCAUGUGCAACAAAAGGAAGCAACAUCCAGAUACAGAUCUCCUAAAUCCCAUAAUAUUGGAUUUCGCCAAAGAUAGAAAAAAGUUGUCAUUGGUUUAAGCCAAGUGGAUGGACAAGCUCCCUAGCCCAAAUAUACCUUUUAGAAAACUAUAUUAUUGGUUCGGGCGUGCAAGGGCUUAUGAAAAAUAUAAAGACGAGUUCGUUUCAAAAGAAAAAUGGAAAGAGACGCGUCCCCUCGCAUUUGCAAUAUGUUUGCUCGCAACGAUGGUUUUCCCUCAAGGGCCAAAAUACACUAUUCAUCCUAGUGUUUUUAUGGUCACUCAUGACAUCUUUUAUGGAGUGGAUUAUAAAACAUCAACGAAGUACUACACUUUAGCGCCUAUGAUUCUGGUCGACAUCUAUAGGGCUUUAGACAAGUGUCAGAGCGGAGAACGUUUUUAUCAAGGGUGUAAUUUGAUACUACAGUGGUGGAUGAUGCGACAUUUCAUCAAGACUCAUAAUCCCAAAGAACUAGAUCCCCUAAGGUGGUCAUACGAGCUACAUGGUCAUGAUUGGUGGUUGUAUCACAAUCAUUGUAAUAAGACUAGAGGAGAGAGUUUUUGGUAUCCGAGGCUUCGAGGGCUGAGAGAGGAAGACGUACAAUGGUCAAUAGAUAGUUUGGUGAUAACUAAGAAUAUGGUGGUUCGAACAGAAAAGGUCCCUUAUUUGGUAUUUGCUGGGUUAAGAGGGACUAGACCAUAUGCUUCCGGUCGAGUUUUGAGACAACUAGGAGGGAAACAAGAGUUGCCCCAGAUCGCAGAUAUGAUGAAAUUUGCAACUUACCAUGAGAAUGGACGAGUUGCAUUUGCUGAAGACAUGUAUAGGAUGUGGAGAUCCCGAAGAGUGUUGGGUGAACCUGUACCAAACAGGUUUCGUCCAGAAUAUUCGAGGGAGUACAAAUAAUGGUUGAAAAAGAGUCUCGCUGGAACUAUUGAGCUUGGUCCAAACGUUCCUCACAUUAUUGCAGAUGUUGGACCCAAACAUCAAGUCCGACUUCACCGACUUCAAGAGAAGUUUGAUAAGAAUGAAUUAGAGCAUCGACGUCGUCACUCAGAAGACGCCAAAGUCAUAGCUCGAUUGAAACAAGAACUACGAAGAGCCAGGCAGUGCAUGGCAGAGUUAGAUGAUAGCAUGGAACAACAGAUUCAGUCGAUAGAGGGGUUCAGACAUCAAGAAGGAGCUUGAUUGGCGAGAGAUCAUCUCUGGGCGAACAGAUAUGCUAUGUAGGAAGAGGUCAAAAUCGCCAAGAGGACCAGACUUGAUGAAGGAUCAGAGGAGGCUUGAGUUUUAUUUACCAUACCCUGCGUGGGACUGCUUUAUUUUCAGAACUAUUUCUUUAUUUUAUGUUUAUCAGACAUUUUGGAUGCUA